AAAGCACGUGGUCUGUCCAGACCAGGAAGAGAGAGAGAUCCUCCAGCCAUGGCCGGGGGCCACAAGGUGGAGCUGGCCGAGGCCCUGGCUUUGGGGUCCGGCUGGAGGCAUGCUUGCCACGCUCUGCUUUACGCGCCCGACCCGGGGAUGCUCUUCGGCCGCAUCCCGCUGCGGUACGCCGUGCUGAUGCAGAUGCGCUUCGAUGGACGCCUGGGCUUCCCAGGCGGCUUUGUGGACGCGCAGGACAGCAGCCUGGAGGACGGGCUGAACCGAGAAUUGCGCGAGGAGCUCGGUGAAGCGGUGUCGGCCUUCCGCGUGGAGCGCACUGAUUACCGGAGCUCACACGCUGGGGCCAGACCGCGAGUGGUGGCCCAUUUCUACGUCAAGCGCCUGACCCUAAAGCAGCUGGAGGCUGUGGAAGCUGGCGCACCGCAAGCCAAGGACCAUGGGCUGGAGGUCCUGGGCCUUGUGCGGGUGCCUCUAUAUACCCUGCGAGAUGGAGUGGGAGGCUUGCCUGCCUUCCUGGAGAAUUCCUUUAUUGGUGCUGCCCGCGAACAGCUACUGGAAGCCCUCCAAGACUUGGGACUUCUAGAAUCUGGCUCUUUCUCAAGUCUUAAGACCCCCGCUCAUCACUAAAUGUAACCCUCUAUAGAUCCAUGGAAACUGAUUGGGGACCUUGGGAGGAAAUGAUGGAGGGACAGGGGAAUGUUUUCUCUUCUGGUCCUGAGAGAUGAAACCAGAUUAAAAGGACAUGUGUGUGCAAUGUGUUUUGAGCAGAGGGCCCUCCAAACUCAUGACAUCAGGGUCAAAAGUCCAUACCUCAUCCCAGCAAUCCAGGCAGAUUCUCAGGGUCUGCCUCCUCUUUGUGCAUGUGCAUACACAGCCUGGACACCCCAGACUUGCACAGGAACAACCUGUGACCACACAGCCUGACCCCUUUGUCCCAUCAUGUCUAGGCUAACCGGCAAGUGGCAUUUAUGGGGCCUGCCUUGUCAUCUUCCCUGCUCCUUCCUGAGGCGGGGCUUCCCCAUCUCCUGCAUGGCUGCUCUCCAGAGUCUAUCCCAACUCAAGUUCACUGAGGAGAGCAGAGGACCCUCUGCUCCCUGAGAUGCUCCCACCCUUCCCUGGGGGUUGACCAUAGCUGUGGGUUAUGGUACUAAUGGAUACCUCACUCUUUUUUUUCCUUGAAACUGAGCAUAAGGGCUGAGAUGGUGUCAAGGUCUUCUUUGGCUGACCUUAAGGCACCAAAGUCCUGUGCGUGGUCUCUAGGGCUUUUGUUUUUGUGCUACCUUAGUCUCUGAGGAAAUGAGCAGGGAACUGACCCAGCCUCUUAUAGCCUGCCCUACCAAAAAGAGCCUCUCAGUAAGAAUGGAUAGCUAGGAAACUAAAAUCUUUAAUUAUUUCAACAUAUACUAAUUAUAUACCUAAACCUGCCAUGUACCAUAAAAAGUGGAGAGAUUCAUAGCUCUUGCUCUUCUAAGACUCUAGAGCAAGGGUUGGGCAGACAGUAAAUAUUUUAGACUUUGUAGGUCACAUGGUUUCAAUGGCAACUUCUUCACUCUGCCAUGUCAAAAUUACCUGUACAGGUCUGGGGAUGUGGCUCAAGCGGUAGCGCAGGUUCGAUCCUCAGCACCACAUACAAACAAAGAUGUUGUGUCUGCCAAAAACUAAAAAAUAAAUAUUAAAAUUUAAAAAAAAAUUACUUGUACAAAUCAAAUCUUGUGGCAUAUGCCCAUAAUGCCACCUAUUGGGUAGGCUAAGGCAGGAGGAUCAUAAGUCCAAGGCCAACCUUGACAAGUUAGCAAGACCCUGUCUCAAAAGAAUAGUAGUUUAAAAAUACUGGGGAUUUUAAAAUUAAAAAUAAUAGGGAUGUAUUUCUGAUAGAGUACCCAUGAUUUUAAUCCCAGUAUAACCAACAGCAAAAAUAUUAUCUGUACGAUGCAUAAAUAUAUUUGUAUUGCUGUAGCCCAUUAAGACACUAAUAAAAAAGCAGUUGGCUAGCCUCUGGUCCAUAGAUUACUAAACAGCUGCUCUAGGAGGAAGUAAGAUUAAAAAUUUUCUUUAUGUAUGCCUGUUUACUUGCUAAGGGUUCACAAAGAAAUAAAUAAACUAUGAUAUAGUC